AUGCCGAAGCCAUACAGGGUCGUCAAAUUUCCAAUGGAGGACGACACCAUUGCUGUGGUGCCAUCCUCUUGGAUGUCAGAGGACGAGCGUUAUUGUUUCUGGCCCCUGCAUACGAGGGGGUCUGAAGUAAAAUCCUGGGUCCAGAAACAACGUCCCCCAAGUGAAAACUGGGGGACGUACCCAGCGGUAGUCCUGGCGAGGUGCAGCACUUAUGAAAAGGCGCAGAAGAGGGCCAAGAAGGCGGAAUGCCAUUCUGCUGUCGACACCACGGAGCUGUCGGGCAUUGAAGCUGGCCAUGGUGAAGAGGGGCGUGCUGCUUCACCUCGACUGGAGCUACCUGCACCCCCUUCACCAUGCCCUGCAAGGGCACCAGCAGGGGAAAGCGCCACCGGCACAUCCCCUUUGGAGCCACCACAAAGGGAAGGUUCCGAGGAGAUGAUGUCGGUGCUGCUGCGGGUGCUGCGGGUGCAGCUGGAGGUGCGGCAGCAGAACAGGGACGUCUUGCAUGAGCUCCAGCAGCUGAGGCAUGAGGUACGGGUCGUGUCCGAGAGGCUGGAUGAAAUUGAGCCUCUCGACAGGACCCGUGCAGUGUCUCAGCCUGCCCUGUCGACGGUGCCUCCAGUUCUUCCUCGGCUACCUGCCAACAAUAUUGAAGAAUUGGAGGCAGCAGAGGCAGCCGUGCAGGAUGAGGCUGUGGCUGCCACCUUGCGCAAGCACCUCCUGCAAAUAGGAGGGAAGUCGCUGCGCGAGGUGGCAUCGAAUGCCAUGAAGGCUGUAAUGGCACACCCCGUCCAAGUGCUUUACAGCCUUCAUGGCAGGAAGGGGAAGAGGGCUUUCAUAAAUCUGAAGUUAUGCCGGAUAGUCACAGAUGUCAUCUGUGCAAAAGGGGGGGCCGACCUGACAGAAGCUCAGGGCUUCAUUAAGAGGUGGUUGCCAGGGUCUGUGGACAGGGGUGGUGGCAGGAAGAGGCGUUUUGCAGAAACGUUAGCAGCAGAGCAGCCCGAUGAUCCCUCCCUUCGGGGCAGGGAUCAUUGCCUGCCCACUGCUGCCCUCUCCCUGCCCCACCCUUGGCCUCAGGGCCCUGGCCAGUCCACCGUUGGCCCCUCCUGUCCGGCUGCCCAUGCUCCUUCCCCUGCUGCAGCCCCUCCUCCUGCCGCUCCUCCUGCCCCUGCUCCUGCCGCUCCUCCUGCCCCUGCUCCUGCUCCUGCCGCUCCUCCUGCCCUUGCUCCCCCUGCCCCUGUACCACUGAGCCUUAGAACCAAAAUCCUGCAAGUUGACAGCACCAACAUUCUGCAAGUUGACUGCCUGGAGCCUUAG